CAAUCCCUCCCUCCACACACACACACACAUAUGCAUUCAGUCUGUCGCUCUCACAGAUACCAUUAGCACGGCUCUGGUGGAAAUAGAAAGAUAAAGAGAGAGAGAGAGGAGGCUAAAAAGAAAAACAAAGAGGGGAAAAAGGUGGAAUUAAGAACAGAAACACCAAACUAUUUCUCAGACUACAGAAUGCAGCAGCAGUGGGUCUGUGUGGCUUUACUAGCCCUCCUGACUGUCACAACGACGCUGGCAGAUGGUGGGAAAACAGAGAAACAAGGUAAGAAAGAGCGUAAAUCAGACUGUGGCGAGUGGCAGUGGAGCGUGUGUGUGGCUAAUGAGGGUGACUGCGGCCUGGGCACCAGAGAGGGCACACGCACCGGCACCGACUGCAAACAGACCAUCAAAACCCAGCGCUGCAAAAUCCCCUGCAACUGGAAAAAGCAGUUUGGAGGUGAGUGCAAGUAUGAUUUCCAGGCAUGGGGGGAGUGUGAUUCGACCACGGGAAUGAAGACACGCACCGGUGUGCUGAAGCGAGCGCUGAUGGACGCUAACUGUCCAAACACCGUUAGCGCCACCAAACCCUGCGGCAAACCCAAGACCAAGAUACAAGAUUCACAGAAACCAAAACGAGACGGAAAGAAGAAGGAGCGAAACCCGACGGACUAGAGCAGAAACUUCAUCAUGAAGCGUCUCCUUCUGCUCCUGGAUGUGAGCGGAAGAGAUGAUUUCUAACAGAAUAUUUUUAGAUCAUUUGUAGCUUUAAUUUACAGCUCACAGAAUAAUAAAUCAGUGAUAAAAGAAAGACAAACUAAAAUCUUCAGAUGAAUCUUCUAAUGUUGACACAAAAGAUCCUUAAAAAGAGUAUAAAUUAGUGCAUUCUGGGAAAUUAAGUGUGCUUCCACUGUCCAAAAAAAGAAAGUUAAUAAAUAAUUUUUAUGAUUUUUUUUAUAUGCAGCAUUUUAAACAUUGAUAAUCUGAUGUUUCUGAAAUACCCAUACGUUGUGUGAAUGAGAACAUAUUAUUAAUGUAUAUACUAAGAAAUGAAAUAAUGUAUCAUUAACUGUACUUGAAUUCAAAUUAGAAUUCUGUUUGGAACCACAUUCAAAUUCAAAAAGUGACAGUUAAAGACAUUCUCAAACAAACUAAUGCUUUAAAACUCUUGGAUGUAACAUCAUUUCCAGUGAAUAAAGAUGAAUUAUUCCUGCCCAUCCAUAAA